AUGGCAAGAACUAAGAACACUGCACGUAAAACAACUGGAGGUAAAGUUCCAAGAAGAAUGAUCUCACAAAAGACUGGACCAAUGGAACACCUCAAGAAUGCCAAUCUGAAUAUCAGUGGAGGUAUAAAGAAAACACAUAGAUAUAAGCCAGGAACAGUUGCACUCAGAGAGAUCAGAAAGUACCAAAAGACAAGUGAAUUGUUGAUUCGUAAACUUCCAUUCCAACGUUUGGUGAGAGAGAUUGCUCAAGAAUUUAAAACUGAUUUGAGAUUCCAAUCAUCUGCAAUUGCUGAUGCAUUACAAGAAGCUUCUGAAGCAUAUCUUGUUGGUUUGUUUGAAGAUACUAAUUUAUGUGCAAUCCACGCUAAAAGAGUCACCAUCAUGCCAAAAGAUAUGCAAUUGGCAAGAAGAAUCAGAGGUGAAAGAGCUUAA